UGUGCUGGUUGGGUUGAAUCGGACGAGUUCGACGUACUAAGAAGAGGAGUCUGCUAGCAGGGGGAACCAACAGAAGCCAUUCGACACUACUUCGCGACAAGGACUAUAACUUUCCCGGAGAAUAUCCGACAACGACACUAGCGCUGAAAGCUUUUUCUUAUCACGGGAAGAAGAAAAUUAGAGUCUGCCACCAUGUCCGCGAGCAUUCACGUUAACAGCCCUAAUGUGAAGUACACAGACACUCACAUAGAGGCGCAUUACUCCUACCAAACCUCCUCUGUGUGUCAGGAGGGGAACAGAGUAACGGUGACCCCCCGCUGCACCGAGAUGACAUUCCGCACCGAGCGGCGCGUUCCCCGGCUGGGCGUGAUGCUGGUGGGAUGGGGAGGCAACAACGGAACCACCGUCACCGCCGCUGUCCUGGCCAACAAGCUGGGUCUCACCUGGAGGACCAAGAACGGAGAAAAGAAAGCAAACUACUAUGGCUCCCUGCUACAGGCGUCCACUGUUUGUCUGGGGUCAGGGCUGGAGGGAGAGGUCAACGUGCCAUUCCGUGACCUGCUGCCCAUGGUGCACCCUAAUGACAUUGUCUUUGACGGUUGGGACAUCUCCUCACUGGAUCUGGGCAGAGCAAUGGAGCGAGCGCAGGUGCUGGAAUGGUCCCUGCAGGAGCAGCUGCGACCGUACAUGAGCAGCCUCAAACCGAGGCCUUCCAUCUAUAUACCCGACUUUAUUGCAGCGAACCAGGAGAGUCGGGCUGACAACGUCCUCACUGGCACCAUGGUGGAGCAGAUGGAGCAGAUCAGAGCUGACAUUAGAGACUUCCGUCGGUCCAGCGGGGUGGACAAAGUCAUAGUUCUGUGGACGGCCAACACGGAGCGCUUCUGCGAUAUCGUCCCGGGGGUCAGUGACUCAGCCAAGAACCUGCUGGCUGGAAUCCAGGCUGGAGCUGCAGAGAUUUCUCCCUCCACUCUGUUUGCCGUGGCCAGCAUUCUGGAGGGCUGCGCCUACAUCAACGGCUCUCCACAGAACACCUUCGUCCCCGGGGCCGUAGAGCUGGCCAUACAGAGAGGCGUGUUCAUCAGCGGCGACGACUUUAAGUCCGGCCAGACCAAAAUCAAGUCAGUUCUGGUGGACUUCCUGGUCAGCUCAGGCAUCAAGCCUACGUCCAUCGUCAGCUACAAUCACCUCGGCAACAAUGACGGGAAGAACCUGUCUGCCCCUCAGCAGUUCCGCUCCAAGGAGAUCUCCAAGAGCAACGUGGUGGACGACAUGGUCCAGUCCAAUCCUGUGCUGUAUAAGCCUGGGGAGAAACCUGACCAUUGUGUGGUGAUUAAAUACGUCCCAUAUGUGGGAGACAGCAAGCGUGCCAUGGAUGAGUACACAUCCGAAAUAAUGAUGGGCGGGCUCAACACCAUCGCGCUCCACAACACCUGUGAGGACUCGCUCCUGGCCAGCCCGAUCAUCCUGGACCUGGCUAUCCUGACUGAGCUUUGCCAGCGAGUGACAGUCAGGCCUCAGGGAGAGGAGGACUUCCAGUCCUUCCACAGCGUCCUCGCUGUGCUCUCCUUCCUCUGCAAGGCCCCUCUGGUCCCAUCAGGGACUCCGGUCAUCAAUGCCUUCUUCCGCCAGAGAGCCUGCAUAGAAAACAUUAUGAGAGCGUGCCUUGGUCUUCCUCCCCAGAACCACAUGCUGCUGGAGCACAAGCUGCAGAGGAACUUCCUGACGGCGCACUCAACCUACACCAACAACGACGUGGCCACACUAAAAAAAGCCGCCCUCGCCAAUGGGAACCAUACCCCUGUACCGCUGAAAAACGGCAUCUACACACACGAGAGCGACACGGCUUGCGCUAUGUAAUGACAGAUAUUCCACUGAAGCCCAAAAAUGGACUGCUGCAAAGUUCAAUGAAUUGUUUGAGAUGAACAAACACCCUGAUUGAUCAAAUUUUGAUCCAAAUAUAAAAAUACAGUAACUAAAUCUGCUUGAGGUUAGAGACCACAGUUGUUUAGAAAUGUGUGGAAACCACACAGUAACUGACCAAGACUUUUGUGUACUCCACCUUUUUAACAUUUCACUGUUUGUAAAUUAUUUAAUGCUGUUUUUAUGAGUUUACGAUGUUUUAAUUGAAGUAGGUUUUCAUAUUUAGAACAAAUGUUACAGAACAAAUGUACUGUAUAUAGAUGUUUAAUGCUUCUACUUGAAUAGACGGUGUAUAAUGUUGAAAAGAGGGAAUGUUGCAUUCACUGGUUUUGUGUUGACAUCUUGUUUCUGAUGUAUUGCAGAAUUUUUAAAGGUUUUGUGUGAAAUUGAGUAUUUUACAAUACAAUUAGAAUUUUUAGGUUGAACAUUAAGUUUUUGUUAAAUUUAUCCAGUAUCUCAUGUUUGGUUAAAUGUUUUAACAGACAGGCUGUACUUAAUGAGUAAAGUAAGAUAUUUUUGCUCUGGAUUUUAUUUAAGAGUUUCAGUAAAGUUGCUAAACAUGCAAGCUACACUUUUUUUUUAGACUUUAAUAUAAUAUUUUAUCAUUAACAAUUAUACCUUAUGUUUUAUUGGUCCAACUAUUAAAAUCCAUACUAAUUUAAAAAA